CUCAUGUAAGCUGUUGAUAAUAGAUAUGACGCUGUGGAAUUUCCAAGUUAUGUUUGAGGAAGGUUGAUUUUCUAGUUCCUGUUUCUUGAAGUUUAGUAGAUCUAUGUCCUAACUUAGAUAUAGGUCGCUAAUGAUGAGUGAUGAUGUUUCACAAUUUUUCAUUCUUCUUGUCAAAAAGACUGGAAAGAAAAAAGACAAGUAUAUGAUUUCUUUGAGAUCGAGCUCACGGUCAAAAAGCGAGGUGCUUGCUGGAACUCUGUUAUUUCUGAUUGAACAGUCGACAAAAAGAGAUGAAUACAUCUUCGUUCUCGAGACAUUCGAGACAGGACCAGACGCUAAUAGUAAUACAAUUCAGUUGACAUGUAUUCCAGGCGAAGCAGAAUUGGUAGAACGAAAUAUUCUGGAUCUACUUAUUUCGAUUCCAAAUUGCGCAGAGCGUUUGGCAGUUUACCAAGACAAGGAAUGGUUGAGCGAGGCUCAGUCUAUCAAGUUAGGGGACCGAGUUUUUGUGAAGAUGAAAAAUCAUGAUACCGAGUUGGAAGGAACUGUCAGAUACCGUGGACGUGUGCCUGAUAGUGAUGGGAUAUUUUUUGGAAUCGAGCUAGAUCAGAAAGGUUUGGGCACUUGUGACGGAAUGUUUAGAAAAGAGCAGUUCUUUACGUGUCCUCCCGAUAGUGCAGUGUUCUGUGCUGUGCACCGAAUAAGAAAACGAAUAGUUGUCAAUGUGUCACAGGCAUUAGCAAAACAGUCAGUGGGUGGGCAGAGUUUCUCAAUGGACGAAGCGAAGCAGAAUUUGAAGAUUGGCGACCGUGUUGUCUGGAUGAGUGACCACGGUCCUGAAUCGGGAAGUGUUAAGUGGAUCGGUACUUUGCCUCUCGACAACAAAGGAGAAAUUACCGUUGGUGUAGAAUUUGAUGAGCCUGUGGGUUCAGGCACUGGCAAGUACAAAGAGCACAGGUUAUUUUUCGCCAAGCAGAAUCAUGCAUCACUUAUUCCUCUGUUAGGUCUUCUCAAAGAAGAUGAGUUUUAUUCUCCUGGUAGUGCUAACACUGCAUACCCUGUGGGUGGUCCCAUGUUGGACAUUGAAGGAUCUCGCCUCCGUGUCAACACCGAGAGACUUGACCCGAUGGACUGUGACAAUAAUGAAAUUGGUUUAAAGGGAGUGCGCAAAUCCAACUCAUUGGGUAAAAAAGGCGGCCAUGUUGAAAAAGGAAUGAAUCCACUUUAUGAAUUUAAUAAAAUUGAAGGAAUUGAGAAGUCCGAUGGUGAGAAAGUCCGGUCUUUACCUCAGAAGGUCCCGAAUGCGGACCCGGAUCUCAGCGUUGACUCGAUGGUGGAGGUUCUCGGCAACCCGACGCUGUACGGGGUCAUCCGGUGGAUUGGAGCCACGCAUGAGCAGCCGUACAAACAAAUCGCAGGACUCGAAAUGGAAAAAGAAAUAUCUGCUGGAACCGAUGGUACGUUUAAAGGUGAACGGUUCUUCCAUUGCGCGCCGAAGAGAGCGCUGUUUGUGCCAUUGUAUAAGUGUAAGAAAGACCAGCGCUUCCCUGCAAAACCAGUGGCCGAUCCACUCGGAGCUACAGCGUUUGGUUCGAUACCCACUCAGGAUAUCGACGGCUCUGUGUCGCCCCCGUCGUCUCUGCACAAAACGACGAUGGGCCUGAACAAGGGGAUCCAGGGCCACCACAACUCGUGCUACCUUGACGCCACGCUGUUUGCCAUGUACUCCUUCACCACCGUGUUUGACGGUAUCCUCCAUCGGCCGCGCAACGACACGGAUCUCAAGGAGUACAACGAAGUGCAGCGAGUCCUCAAGGAUAUGAUCGUAAAUCCACUGAGAACAUGUAACUAUGUGAGAGCUGAUAAAGUGAUGAAAUUCAGAGAACUUCUUGACAAAUUUGGAAAGAUUUCCGGCAUGAUGAGUGAAGAGAAGGAUCCAGAAGAGUUCCUUCACUUGCUGUUAACUCAGAUUAUGAAAUCUGACCCUCUGCUACAUUUAAGUUCUGGUGAAGACUCCAAUUUCUACCAAUUAUUUAUUGAAAAAGACGAACUGCUGCUAUUACCGACCACACAGAAACUCAUCGAGUUGUCUUUCAUAGAGUGUAACGUGAAAUUAAAAGAGGUUCCUUCGUGUUUAAUUAUACAGAUGCCGAGGUUUGGUAAAGAAUAUAAAAUGUUUAGAAGAAUUAUUCCAAGUUUAGAGUUAGACAUCACAGAUUUGUUGGAGGAAGGAAUAAGAGAGUGCAUCAUAUGUGGUGACCUGGCCACGGUAGAAUGUAUCAGUUGUUAUCAGCUACACGGCCCGGGCUUAAAUGCUACAGCAUUCUGUGACAACUGUAAUACCACGAAUCAUCAACAUAAAAGCCGUAGAAGCCACAAGCGCCAUCCGAUCCAUGUGUCGAAGAAGUUUGAGGAUCACUGGCGACAGAGCAAGCGGCUGGCCGAGCAGAACAAGGACAUGUCGCGGGAGCCCGACAUCGCAUUGUACCGCGAGAAGAUGGAGUUGUUUGCAGUCCUCUGUAUUCAGACCAGUCACUAUGUAUCCUUCGUCAAGUGUGGCACCGGAACAUCCGCGCCGUGGGUCUUCUUCGACUCCAUGGCCGACCGCAUGGGUGAGCAGUCUGGAUACAACAUCCCUGAAGUUACAGAGGUGAAAGAUGUCUCGAAAUGGCUGUCGACUGAUUCAAUGGAAAAAAUACUAAAAAUAGAAAAUGACAAGGACCUUCCUAUUCAAAUUCGUCGCCUUCUGUGUGAUGCGUACAUGUGUUUCUAUCAAAGUACUGAGGUGUCUAUGUUUAAAUAGUGCGCUGCAGUUAUAAUACUUUGAUUUAGUUUAGUGGGCAAGCUGAAAUGAAAAGGCUAAACAACAGGAAAAAUGCUAUUAAAACUAUGAAAAUCUGUUAUGGAGUUUGACGUGACAAGUGUUGUUGAUGUUAAAAAAAGAAAAAAGAAGUUCAAGGGCAUACAAUUGCUGUUAUUCUGUGAAAAACUGAAAGUAAAUUGUACAUAAAAAUUAAGAAAGUUGAGGCUUAGUUCUACAUGGAAGUCUUGUUAUGAUGUACAAAAUUGUCAAUUCUGCAGGAAAAUUUUAUAUUGAAACAUCUUUCCCGUUUUAGAUGAAAAUGUCAUGUUAAAAAUCGAGACAUUUGUACAUGAAAAUCUCUUCUACACAAAACGCCGAAUAAAAAAUAAUAAAUAAGAAUCUUGGAA